AUGAGUAAUAUACAGCAUUCUGUUUGCAAGCCACAAGUCCUGCUUUAGUCUAGCAAGCUUGAUUGCGUAUGAUAGCUCAUGUUGAUAGCAUAUUCAGCCACCUAUUACAAGCAAAAAGCUCGGUCCGUACAACCAUAUGGCUGAAUGUUUUCUGGAUGCCUUGCCUUUAAUCUGCUUUGAGAAAAAAAGAAAAAAAAGAAUCUACAAGGGCCAUCUGUAAAAAUGAACAGUGAAUGUACCCAGGACGUUAAGCAGGCAGCCCAUGUAGCCAGCAUCCCCAUUUCUGCAGAGAUCUCGCUUCUCACAUGCACUGGUGCCACCACGCUGAGGCUGGUGGAGCUAUUCCUGAGCGCAUGAACUAGAGGAACUUCAUGCCAGGGUUAGUCAGAAAGGAGCAAAGCAUGAGUAGCACUUACAUUUCAAACUGUAGAGCAAAUCUGAUUUCUGAUGGUAAGUUGUUGCAGGACCAGGUAGGUUUAUAAGGGCUGGCAGAGAAAGAUGCAUACCUGCUCUGGUUGCAGCCACCUUCUGCAGUCCCAGUGUGUUGUGGGACACUUAGCAGUUCUCCAUUGUGCACCUCAGCAGCACCAUGGCCGUAUGUGAUGAUCCUUUUGCUGUAGUUUGGCACCUGCUUUCUAGAUGCAUCACUUGAACAUUUGUAUUUCUCCAUUAGAUGUUAAAGCAAAGUGUUUUCUACUCUGUGGAUUUAUUUAAGCUUUCUAGAUUUACUUGUGACAGAAAAGGGCCGGGUGGUGCAGCUGCGUUCCCACAUAAGGGCCCUGGCACCCACAGAGUACCAAAUAAGAUUAAUGGCACCUACAUGGUUGCUGUUAGUAUCAGGAAUGUCUGCCAGGGUAGCUCAACGUUUUCUAGAGCAAAAUCUGUAUCCCACAGGGCAGUUUCAUGACUCGUACAAGUCCUGAUCUUUACUAACACCCCAAAAAGCUUUGCUGUGGGGAAUUGUUGAUUUGUUUCUUUCAAGAGUGAAGCAGGAAGAGUCAUGUAACGAAUUUAUACCAAGGUUGGAUUAUGUCCAGUAGAUGUGUCUGAUGAGGAACACGUCAGCCUGUUUUGCAGAGGACUCUUAAGGAAAAUGGUUGUUCCCAAGCAGAUGAUGGUUGAGAAACCAAGGGAAGGAGGGAGCAGCCACCUGUGCCAGCUGCACAAACCACACACAAAGGAGAAUCCCCUGUUGUAGUCCAGCAUCUUUCCUGUCCAGUAAGCAUAUAUUUUUAUUAUGUCAGAUAUUAUAUUGCAAAUACACUGUUGGCACUGAAGAUAUAUUUUAAAUAUUAUGUAAGUGGAAGCUUUUUAUAACACUAAAGAUAUAGUAAGCCUAGUUUCUGCAGCCCUAUGUUUUAUAUUUAAAAAAGAAUAAUAAUAAUCUAUUGAAAUAUUCCUGGUUGUAGAAGUAGGUCUGAUCGGUACUAGAGUAAUGCUGUGUGUAUUCCUUAAGAUGGGACAUGAUCCCUUUUACUGUGCUUCUGCACACUCUUCCAUGUGUUCUUUGCUUUCUUCCCCCAAGUUGACCGCUUGUCAUCAAAACAGCUGGUCAGCUGAGGGGAGUUACUUGUAUGCAGGAAUAACACUUUAGUCUGUCCUUUUGGCUGCCUUGCACACAGUUACCACAAAUUAAUUCCUUCUAGCAGAAGCAGAGCAGCUCCAGUGAUGUGCUGGGAUUCACAGAAGGGGAUGCAGUGCCAUGAGAGUAGCCUUGUCUUCCAGCUGUCCAGUAUUGUCUCUUUGGUUUUUGUUUAAUAUAGGCACUUGAUAAGGACAUCAGCUGUAGCUGGAAUAAUGCCCCAAACUUAUGUCGUUCCUUCAUGAUUCUUCUUGUAACCACUUGGGCAAAUAACAGCAUUCAGUGUAACAAGCAACCUGCUUUUUUCUCCUCCAUCCCUGCAGAGCAUUUGUCUGUUGUCAGUCUGAGCAGGUAACUUCACUGGACCAAAAAGAAAAGGGAAAGGAACCAUUUGUGCUGAGUUAUUCAGUGUCUUUCACCUCUAACACUGAUGCUCCAAAUGUGCUCACAAGAUGGCAUAUGUAGCCUGAAUAUUUCUCAGAACUGGAAUGUGCCUUUUUCAUUAGAACAGAAACGUUAUUAGCCAUGUGAUACUUGCAGUCCCUGGAGCUAAGGUAAUAUUUUGGGCCACUCUGAUGAAUUUGGCCUCAGUUGUGUUUUCAGCCUCCUCUAACAGAAGUGUUGUGUCCCAUGGACCAGGACUGCUCUGGUUCAAGUACAGCCUGACUGAGCAACGUACCUGAAACAUCUGCAUGUUACUCUCAAUGUAUCUUUAAGUGCAUUGCUGAAGCCAGGCUACUAUUAGUGCCCUUAUGCUUUUGGUAUCUCCUCUUCUGCGCUGCUGUAGGUUUUUUUCAGUUCCCAGUAAUGCAUUAGGAAGAGAGGGAGAUGCUGGAAGCUGCUCUGGUCCUGACUCUGCCCCUAAGCCAUAAUCAGAGCUCAGAGAUGAGAUGGAUGCAGCACUGCUGGAGACGCUCAAGGUCAGGCUGGAUGGGGCUCUGAGCACCCGAUUUAGUGCAGGUGUCCCUGUUCAGUGCAGGGAGUUGGACCAGAUGUCCUUAAAGGGUUCCUUCCAACUCAGACAAUUCUGUGAUUGUAAGUCUGUUGCUGCAAUAGGAGGAUUUGCCACGUGACGCACAACAGCAGUAUUUCCUGUAGCUCUGAUCGUAAAUUCUGGCUGUGACAGAGCAGUUGCCUUUGUGAAACCAUUUAAUCUCCUGUGUUUGUCUACGAAUCCCACUGAUAGCAGCCAGAGGCUUGUGUGCAUCAGUGCCCGAGGGCCUCAGGGCUUUCCAUGAGCAGCAUCUACGCGUGUGGCAGGUGACUGAGAUCCAGUGACUGUGAGAGAGUCGUACUCUGCAUGGAAAUGUCUUUGGGUUUGCCUUUUAUGUUCUCGGUGAACGUUAGUUUGUAAGCUUGCAAAGCCUCUCAUCGCUCAUAAAUGAGGCUUGCAAUAUUUAUGGCAAAUACUUACCGCUACGGCUUUCUAAAUAAAACAUAGUAUACUGUUCUGAUCUCAUCUCGCCAUCAAUCCUCCUGCCAGUUAUGUGAAGGUGGCUGCUGCGCCGCCUGCUAAGGUACAGUCAGACUCCGCCAGUGCUCUCAGCUGUGCACAUUUCCUUGAAGCUGUGGAUGUUUCAGUAAUGUCUUGCAUUGUAAGUCUGACUGUUUCACUACUUGCGAGCAUUAAUCUGCAUUUUCAUGCCAGCGUUUUCUGAAAAGAGCCUUUCUAACAUGUGCUUUAGGCAACCAUCUGUUGAAAGAUAGGAAUAUGAUGAAUGAUGAUGCAAAAAAAAAAAUGCAAACAAUGUAAUCUGUCUGUUGUUGUCAAUGUAUGUUUUCCUGUUACGCAUUGCAAUACUGUCAGUAACUGUAUGUUGAGUUGCAAACCUGAGGGUGCGGAUGUUUGAAGGUUCCGGCGCCGCGGGCAGGACUUUGGCAUUGCCUGGCUGCAGCACACGGUAAGAGCAGAGCACCUUCAUGUCUGUGUGUGAUCACUGCUAAGAUGGCAGCAGCUCGUUGCUCGUGGGUGUGCCAUGAAAGACUUGUGGCAAAGUGCUGCUGGUGUCAGUCGUGCAAACUAAAGCCAUGCUGGUGGAGCGGCGGUGCAUCGCUUCUAUUAAAAAUGCUGUUAUCCGAUGGCAGUUUGUAUUAAAUUUUGUUGAAUGGUUUUAAAGAUGUGGAUUUUAAUAAUAAAAACUACAUGUCUGAAGGAGGGCGUCUUCCUGUACACCCAGUAUGUAUUUUUCUCUUACGAGAUGCUGUCAGGUUAACAAUGUGCAGUCAGGUCUUUACAAAGGAGGCUGAUGGAACCUCAUAUCAGUCUGCAUAUGGGCUGUUAAACUGCUCAAGCAACGUUUACAUGGUAAUGACUUGUUUCCAUUGCUGAUCGGGGGUGCUUGUCUGUUGGGUGUGGUGAUGUACACCUCUGUUUGUCUCUGGUGUGAAUCAGAGCUUGGAAAUGCUCAACCUGCUUCACCAGUAGUAUUUUGGAACAGUAAAAACUAAACACUUAUAGACAUCUUUGUUUUCUCUUUGGCAUUUUGCUCGAGUACAUCCAGGUAACGGGGACUACAAUGAAGAACGUGAAAGCACCACUUUAUUGUAGAGAGAUGAAAAAUAAAGCUCUCCAUGUCCCUUUAUCUCUGGUUUGUUGAAAACAUCCAUUCUGGCACAUGGAGGAUUGCAGAAGAAAUUUUACUAGACGAUAUAUAUCUGUAUAGGUGUAGAUACGUAUAUGAAGAUUUGGUCGGCUUUAUCAUGUAGAGUAUAAUAUAUCCACUGGCACAUCCCAAGACAAGGAGCAUUGUUUUGCACACUUGCAGAAAUGUGAAAAAUAAAGGUUUCUGUAUGAAACACAACCUCAGUCCCACUGCAGCCCAUGCCAGCUGGCUGUGUGCACUGCCAGCAAGCAGCAAGUGAGCAGCCAGCACUGUUGUCUGUGCAGGGUGAUGGCACUUCCAUGGACAGAGGCACAGAUGCUGCCCAGGGAUGUACAGCUGUUGAAGCUCCUGUCUGGCACCUCUCACAGCACCAGGUUAUACCAGUGGCUGCACGGUUUGGCACACGGCUUCAUGCAUUUACUUUUGAUUCAUGUUUUUAAGCACUGGAUCUGCUUAUGUGGUUGCAUGCUGUGCUGACCAAUAGAACUGACCACACUGCAUCUCUGGGAGCAUCCUACUGGGUGUGAUAGAGUGAGAAGGAGCAGUGUGCUGUAGCUCAGCAUAUGGAAGCGGUUACUUUAGAACUCAAAGCCUUCAUACUAUGAGAUUAAUUCUGCGAUCUUUGCUCAUUUGUACAGGCACAGCAGAGGUGGAGGAGAAGAGACCUGGCAUCAGGACCUCCUCACUAGCAGGACUUACUGACCAUGCAGUUCUCUUCCAUUUUGGGUCAGAAAAUGCAUCUGAGAUGGAAACACACACAGAAACUGUGCAACGUGCUGGAGAAAGGAAAGCCAAGAGGCAACGUUUACCAACAUCAUGGAAGAUGGAGGUAGAAGAACCAGGAUUAGUAAUGUGCAGUCAUCUCUUCCUUUACCAUUUUGUGGGAAGCUGGGAUGGAUCCAGAACUUUCUAGAAGGAUGGCACAUGAUUGGAAAGAGCUGAUUUUAAAGAAUCAAGGUAGAUCUAUCUAUUGAAUCCUAGGGUUAGGCAUUGCAAAGUUACUUCCAAGUUCUCAGUUUUAGUUUUGGACUUCUGAAAAUCAGUUUUGCUGAGUAGAUGACUUACCCAGCACCUGUUUCAUUUCACAUUAAGUUGUGGUAACAUAAUGCUCAAAUCUUUAAGGACAUUGCUACAAAAAAGCAGUUGAACUGUUUUCUGUAUCAGUCUCCUUUUAAAGUGAAGCAUGAGCGAGUAAGAGGCAUUUUGAAAGGAAAAGAAGGUCGAUUUCAGUUAGAGGAAUACUUUGUGGUGGUUUCAGCAAUAAAAUAGAGUAUUUAAGCAUGAGCCUUACUGUGGCAGUGAAUAUUUCAUGCAUGUCACACAAUAAUGUGAACAAUGCAAAGCCAGGAAGAUGAGGGAAGGUAUUUUGGAAGCUGCAAACCCAAAAAGGAGAAUUUCUGAAUUGGAAGACUCCCAUUUCUGAGAGCACGUUGGCCUUAAUCUCUGUUUGGAACAGAAAUCUCAUUACAGCCAGAGAAAAGGAUAUUCCAGGGCCUGAGGAGCCCAGCUCAGUGGGGCAGAAAAGAUCACUUCAGAAAUCUGUGUGACAUUGCAGAGACCUGUAGGUAAUUUUAGAUGCUGUAAAAGCAGCGUUGAGAAAUCUAAUGGACAGGAAGAGAUGUACUGUUCCUUUAGUGACACUUUACGAUGGGUUUGGUGCAGCACUUAGAAUAUUCUGCGUGACCUCUGCGGUGACAGCAGCCAAACACCUUGCUGGCUGGAAGGAAAAGAUGCCCUGUUUGGGGUUUGAGGAAAGUUAGUGGCAAUGGGAUGAAGCCCACUGGGGUAGGGGCUGGAGGUGCCUCACAGUGCUGACAAAGUCUGGAUGAGAUAUACAGAGCCCUGCGUGGGUCUGUGUGUUAGAGAGGAGGGUGAGCAGAGAAAUGUGGCACAGCUGGUCAGACCUGUUCCCCGCACUGGGAUUUUUCCUCCUUUGUCUCUUUCUUCACUCUUGGCUAAGAAGGGAGAAAUAGAUGUUGUCUGGCUGGUCUUCUAUGGUUUCGCUCUCGAGGUAUUUUUAGUGCAUUGAUAUAUGGGCAGCCAGGCCCUUGACUGCCCAUUCCUUGUUUGUUUUCAAGGAGAGGCGGCUCUGCAGCUCCCCCACAGCCCCAGCUUCCAUGCACAGCCCAAGCAGAGAGUCCAGAACUGCCCCCUGAGCACAGCUGCUUGGCAGAUAAGCUGAGACUGCCAUGGGCAGCAGGCAGCCCCAUCCCACAGUUCCAGGCACUUCUGUGUGCUCCCCCUGCUCAGAGCUGCACAGAAAUCCAAUACUCUCAUUUCUGAGGCGAUGCAGUAGAUGUCAGUCAGCAGCACUGCCCAGAAAACAACGCUGUUGGUGCAUUGCAGCAGUAUCCUUUGGUGGUUCCAAGGCAGUUAGGAGAGCUCCCAUGCUGCUCAAUAGGUGGCCCCAAGGGGGCUGGCGUUCACCAUGGAGGAAAGAUAGGGCAAAUUUUUGGCUAUAAAACUUUAUCUUAUUGGCUUUAUAAGGGAUAAACUUGAUAUUUUCCAAGUGUAUUUAUUCAACUGAAACACAGAAACACUGUAGUGUGGGAAGAAGCUCCGUGCACAGGUUUCAGCAUUACAAAUGAUCAUGUUCAUCAUCUAUUACAGUACUGCUGAUGUACUCUGUCUGAAACACGUCACAUACCGUGGCUCUCUGCUUCACUGCUGUCCCAUCAGCUCAGAGGCAUCUGAUGUGAAGUAGUGAGAAAUUCAUUUAAAAUACCUGUACGUGGUGAUAGAAGGCAGUUGUUAAUAGUGACGUUAAUGACAGCAUUGGUUCUCUUCCUUCUCUUGCAGUCUCCCUCUCUGUGCAGUGCGUGCGUUCUGCAGGCAGAUGUAUGGCCCUGUCAUAAACAAGUUCCUUGGGAGUGCACCGGGGCUCGGGGUGCCCACAGGGACACAGCUCAGUACUUUUCCAGUUGCUUUGGGUGCGUGUGUUGUGGUGCAAGUGUGGCUGCAGAUGUAAAUAGGACAGAGGGCCCUUCAGGACACACUGGGUGCUUUCUCAGUGUCAGUGAGCAAUGCCAUACAGGUGGUUGGUGUUUUCCAUUUAGAAAUGUCUCGGAUUCUUGGUCAUUAAGAGCCUCAGGUAAGACAUGUAAGACACAUAUGGUGGUGAUGCACUGGAACAGGUAGCCCAAGGAGGAGAACAUCUUGUGGAUGUACAAACCAGAAAGCAACGUAUCUACUAAAGCACAUCUCAAUCUGAUCUGUUACCUCAGUGUAUUUCAACAUACACAAGGAAAAAUAAGCAAUGCUUCCCACCAGAUCCUACUGUUAGUGCCAGCUAAAGCUCCUGCCCAUUUUUGGUACUGGAGGCACUUGUUAUGGACCAGAUAUGUAUUAUAAAAGUUAGGGAGGAGAAAGGUAUGGCACCAUACCAUGUAAGUUUUAUAAUCUUUUAAGCCAAAGAUUAAGGCACUGCUGUGCAUUAAUUUGAGAUAAUAACUGAAUGUUAUGUGCUUGACACUGGGUGUGCAGUUGUCUGUUUUGACACUCAUUCUGGUAUCUGCUAAGAGGUUAUACUGAUCUUUAAGAUGAAGUUAAGAAAAUGCACAGGAAUCAAGACGUGAUCAUUGGGGGGAGGAUAGCUCUGUGCUGCUGCUGGUACAUCAGACUGGUGGCAAAGGGGAGGAUGGGAGUAUCACUGCUGGCACUUAGGCAUCCCUGGUGACAGGCCUCGGCCAUCAGUCAUCAGCGACCUGCACUGCAGACUGGGACCAGGGCAAAGUCCAACCCAUGGGGCUGCCUGUGCAGCCAGGGGAGGCUGGCUGCAAGUUCAUGUCUUGCUUCAUACUUUCACCCACGCAGGGUGGACUGCUUACCAUUCAGUGUUUUAUUUCUUAUUGUUGCUGUAGACACCGUUGUCAAGUCAGAGUUUGUUGUAAAUAUGCCCAUGGUAUAAAGUGGCAUUUGUUUCUUCACAUGGUUUUCUGCCUUCUCUCUACCCUCUCAAGCCCCUGUUUUAGAAAAGCUAGAGAGAUAAGUUAUGCAAUGGCUCUGACUUGGCAGUUGUCUUAAAUGCUGGAAUGGGGCAGCAGUGUUGACACCAGGGCAUUGCCAUGGCUGCACUGCCCAUCCUUGCUUGCACCUCCAGGUGGUUGGGGAAGGAGUUUGACCGUCACCUCUUGUCAUAGUGGGUGUGGGUGUCACUGCCAGGAGCCCGGCAUGUAGCUGCACAAAGUAGUGGUAAUGGAUUUAUAUAAAUAAAACCAACUGAUUUAUCUGCAUGUUCUAGCCUAGCAAUUAAUUCUGCUUUUGGGAGGCAGAACCAAAGCAGAAAAUAUAUCAUAAUGCCAGAUCAGAGCUGAUAAUGUAUUCCUCCCUCCCUCAGUUCCCUGCUAGCAUGGAUCAGCCUAUUAAGGAAUCAUCUCCCAGAGCAUUGGCCAGCUUCAGGAGGAUCCCCACCAGCUGCAUUGCCGUGGAGCAGAACAUGUGGAGACAGAGCCAGAACCACAGAAGACCAGAGCAAAUACUGAAAUAUUCUCCGGAGAUGUUCUGCAGAUAUUUUUGCUUCUUCAGUCUGUGUCUUUUCCUUCAAACUCAAAGGAAAUGCUCACUAGGACAUGUAUCCAGCUUGGGUGGCAGUGACGCAGCAUCCCUCCCUGGAUUUGAGAACCUCACAAUGGGAUACAACAAAUACCUCAGGCCCUUCUUUGGUGGAGAACCCGUUCAAAUUGCAAUGAGCCUGGACAUUGCAAGCAUUUCUAGUAUAUCUGAGAGUGACAUGGAUUACACAGCUACCAUUUACUUGCGGCAGCGCUGGACGGAUCCCCGCUUAGUUUUCUAUGGCAACAAGAGUUUCACUCUGGAUGCUCGUCUAGUGGAACUGCUCUGGGUACCAGACACGUACAUUGUGGAGUCAAAAAGGUCCUUCCUGCAUGAUGUUACCGUGGGGAAUCGCCUCAUCAGAUUGUUCUCUAAUGGCACUAUCUUGUAUGCCUUAAGAAUUACUACCACUGUUGCCUGUAACAUGGACCUGUCUAAAUAUCCCAUGGACACACAGACAUGCAGACUGCAGUUAGAGAGCUGGGGAUAUGAUGAAAAUGAUGUAAUCUUCACAUGGUUGAGGGGAAAUGACUCUGUCCAUGGCAUAGAAAAGUUGCGGCUCUCUCAGUACACAGUGGAACGCUACUACACGCUCAUCACAAAGUCACAGCAGGAAACAGGCAGUUACCCACGACUGAUACUGCAGUUUGAGCUGAGAAGAAAUGUCCUGUACUUCAUUUUGGAGACCUAUGUGCCAUCUACUCUGCUUGUUAUGUUGUCUUGGGUUUCUUUUUGGAUCACAUUGGAUUCAGUGCCUGCAAGAACCUGCAUUGGAGUAACAACUGUGCUUUCCAUGACAACUCUGAUGAUUGGCUCACGAAGUUCACUUUCAAAAACCAAUUGCUUUAUUAAGGCCAUUGAUGUGUACCUCGGCAUCUGUUUCAGUUUCAUUUUUGGAGCCCUUGUGGAGUACGCAGUUGCUCACUACAGCUCAUCACAAAAACAUGCAGCUAAAACACCUCGAGAGGGGCCUGCAAAUGAACUUACUAAAGAAAUGGAAGAAAUCAACAUCACUAGCAUCCUCAGCAGCUCCAUCACCAGCUAUAAGCAGCAAAUUAGUUUUACAGGCAUUGAGAUUUCCGGUGAUAAUAUUAACUGCAGUGACUUGACCAUGAAAACUCAUGAGAAAAUCAAAUGCUUCUUGAGAAACAAAAUGUACAGGAUUAUCAGUUAUUUCACAAUUCAGAACCCCAGUAAUGUAGACCACUACUCCAAAUUGCUUUUUCCAUUGUUUUUUAUGCUGGUCAAUGUGUUUUAUUGGGCGUAUUAUUUAUAUUUUUAGCAGGAAUGGGUUUUUGUGUUCUCCCACUUCAGUGGGAAAGGAAUCCUGCCAAUGGUCAUCUAGGUAUCUAACCUCAGUGAAUCCAGCAUAGACAAAAUGUUCUGCAUUUCCUGAGGUCUGGAGCAAAAGAGUGGGUGGAGUAUGUGAUGCAAAGUCUUCAUGCUUCAGCAUUAGCAACAAUGACUCUGGACACCUGCUUGUUCAGCCGAGUGGUUUUGCUGGGCUCUUGGCUGGUUAAAGGCUCUUCAUUGCAGCAUCCAGCCUCUCUGGCCAGCGAUGGAUAUGUAGGACUGCACGUGGCACAGAUUACUAGAGGUAGCAAAAUUAUCCUGAUAACCUGAAGUGGAUUGCAACCUUCUCGUUUAGAUCUCUCUGAGGAUGUAUGAUUAUAGCUGUUCUUCUGUGUUUGCUAGAGAUAACAGUAACAAAGGGACUGUGACCGCCGUCUCAAUAGCUCCUCUGUUCAAACAAGUGUACCCAAAGGCAGCAGUGUGCUGUGUGCAGAGGAAUGGCUCCCAUGCACGGCACUUCCCUGUCCCAGCAGUGAUGCAGUGCCAGAGCAGUGAUUUCAGUGAUGCUGGUAGUAGCAAAGUUGUAUGACUUGUUGUUUUUAAUACCUGGCAGACUCAGUGUGGUAAUCCUCAUUUGCUGAAGUUAUCCAUCCCUGAGAUAGAUGGAUGGGCUGUUCAUUUGUAGAGGUGCAUUGUUGUUGUUGUUUGUUUUUGCUUUUCUUUUUUCCACCCCCAGAGUUUUGGUACAGAGUCUAUGGGCAACAAAAGCCUUUUACAACACAUUUCAUGCUCUUCCUGUUGGGCUGCUUACUGUUGUGCUGCAGUUGAGCCGACUUCACUCCCUUCCUUGUCUUCCCUCACGAAUAGAUUGUUCUUCAUCCUGGAGAGUGCCUUCAGCUUUCAUUGUAAUAAGUAGCCCUUGUUUCUUGCCGGUCAUGCAAUAGGGGUGAAUUUGUUGUCCCUCCUUAUAUAUGGUUUUGCAGCUGCAGUGAGUCAGCAGCUCUAUAAGGUGAAAAAUCCAUGAGUGGGGAUAAAGGCACAAUGAUCCAAAUCAGCUUUUAUGGCAGACUUUUUUCCCUCCUUUCAUUGCUUUGAGGGCAUUAUCUUGCAGUUUUGUAGGCAAAACAGUAAUUGCCUGUAGAGGCUGCCAGUCAGCAGGAGUUUGGGCUGAACGAGGUCUCUCAGCAUGCAGUUUAUAUUCCAGUCUCAUGCAUGCAGUGUUUGCUUAGUGCAGGAGUCUCUUACUGGGACCUGCUAUAGAAGGUGGGCAAAGCACGUGAAACUAUAGAUUAUUGUAUAUAUAUAUUUUUUACUUUAAUAACUUUUUAUUGAACCACCUCACCACUAUAUUGUGAAGGAUCUAAGCCACGUAUUCAUAAAUCAUAGAUUUUACAAAGAGCAGCACAAAAAGACAAAGGGGAACAGACUUACGGUGGCAAGUGAAUAAACACAAACUCUAAUAAUGAAAUGUUGGCUUGUAUAUACUGGCAUUUAAACUCCAUUCCAUAAAAUGUAAUAAAGUGAAUAUUGGUGAUAUGAACACAAACCCCCAGAGAGAUCCUCUAUUAAAAAUAAAAAAGAAAAUCAUUGCCUUC